AUGGCGCAAACACCAGACAGUCCAACCAAACCUCUUCCGGUCCGAACAAUUGCGGGUGUGACAGUUGUCGACACGCAAAUUGUCCGCGAUGCCCAACAGUUUGCGCGAGAGCACUCCACAGAUUGGGUUUAUCGCCAUGUGAUGCGAACCUGGCUCUUUGGCGUCCAGAUAAUCAAGCACAACCCAACCCUCCAACAGGGGGUAGACCUCGAGGCUCAUGCAAUCGCUACCCUGCUCCACGAUCUCGGAUGGCAUCAGACAGCUACUUCUUCCUUUGUAAGUAACGAUAAACGGUUUGAGGUGGACGGCGCCAUUGCUGCCCGGGAGUUCAUCCGAAAGCACCAGGACGGGAAGCUCUGGGAUGAGUAUAGAGUCCAGCGCGUGUGGGAUGCCAUCGCGCUGCAUACACAACCCUCAAUUGCCGAGUAUAAGGAACUCGAUGUCAAGGUAACGGGCAAUGGAGUCCUCGCGGACUUUGCCGGGCCGAUUUACGGUGUGACAAAGUCAGAGUACGAUGCAGUCGUGCAAGAAUUCCCCAACGAUGACUUCUUGGAGGGGGUGGAUGAUACCAUCGUUUGGCUUUGCAAGACUAAACCCCAGACAACCGUUGAUACCUGGCAGCAGCGUUGGGGUGAGCACCAUGUUGAAAACUACCCGCCCAAGGGCGUUUCGUUCUGGGACCUUGUACACAGGUGA